AUGCUCCUAAUGUAAGAGGUGGCCUUGCACCACGAUGGAAACAGAGACACACAUGGCACCUGUUGUGUAUGUGUUGCAGGGUGGCCCUUGUGCUGCUGCACAUCGAGUCUAUCAAGGGAGACAGCGGCAUGAUGAUGGCGGGGGUGUGGCCGUCAGUGUGGCUGUGGGGGGCACUGCUGACGGGCACCGGAUUCAUCGUUCAAGAGAUCUUCCAAGUAAGCCAGACGAUGAGACAUGACUCGUCAAGGCUAACACUCAUCACGCAUCGUCCUCUGCGUGUCCGUAGGGCGUACGACUGAAGGCAGCAUACUGGGCCGACUCAUGGUGGGCGUCAGAAGCGUACAGCCAACCGAUGGCUUGGUUUCAUCUCUAUGCUAUCGGUGUGUCUGGGCUCACCAUUAAGGAAUUACGUCGACUUCGCAAGCGGCGUCUCCAUCGCUGCCUUCAUUGCCAUCCACUUCAUGCGCUACUCUGCCGAGGCGGAAGUGAGCUCAGGGAUCGUCAUAGCGCUGCUCUUUGCCCUGCGUCUCGUCCAAACUGCCAGCCUGCAGCCAGCCGUGGGACCACUCAUACUGUCAGUGAGAGGGAGAACCACACAGAGAGAGAUGUCUGAUGCCGUGUCUCAUGUCUCCAUCUGUCAGUGCCAUUGUGAGGAUGUUAUCGGACAUCAGCAUGUUUCUGUGUCUGUACGUCUACAUCUUGCUGGUCUUCGCGGUCGUCUUCACCCUCCUCUCGUCCGACGAAGACCACCAGUACUUCGGCUCCUUAGCCAAAGCCACACUCACACUGUACUCGAUGACACCAACACAGAGAGAGCCGCCAGCCGUGAUAUAUUAG